ACAGAGUAGAAAUUCCGAGCCAGCCAGCCAGCCAUAGAAAGUCGAUUCGUUUUCAGAAUUCCUUCAUGCUUUCAAGAAGCCCUAGCUAGUGUCUUCACUGACCCAAACCAGUCGCCGUCACCUUUUUCCAGGUCCCGAAUAUGUCUAGCAAGAUCGAUAAUAGGAAUGAUUAUGGAUGUGGUUCAGAGUUGGAAGAUUGCAAGUUAAAUUGUUACGAGGAUCUGAAUGCUGAAUAUAUCCAGAGGGAUAUAAGCUCUUCUCACCGUUCUGUAUUUCAUGAAGACGUUGAGAGUGGAUCACCAAUAUUAUCAACUGCAGACGCUGAUAAACCUGCUGAAAGCUCUUCUACACCCAUGCAGAUUUGUGAUGAAGCAGAAAAAGAUGUUCCUAUUACUCAACCAAACAAAACAUCAGAACUCGAAUCUAAUGAAGAGUUGUUUGUUCAUCCUUGGGUGGCCGUGGUGGCCAACAUCUUUGUUGAUCAUAACAGUUGUAGGUAUGAACGUUCCACGACUUUGAGAGAUGGUUGGUUGAAAAGGGGAUUUAAGCCUGUGAGGGUUCGGAUUUUGUGGAACUACCUUGGUCAAUCUGGAUAUGCAGUUGUAGAGUUCAACAAAGAUUGGAAUGGUUUCGGAGAUGCCAUGAAGUUUGAGUCUGCAUUUGAAGCAGAGAACCAUGGGAGGCAAGAUUGGCAUAAACUCGGGUCUAAAGGAGAUGGUUUGUAUGCUUGGAUAGCAAGGGAGGAUGACUAUAAUUCUAGAGGAGUUGUUGGGGACUUUUUGCGUAAGAAUGGGGAUCUAAAAUCUGUAUUGGACAUUCAAAGAGAAAUUGAAAGGAAAGAUAAGACUCUUAUGUCUAGUUUAACCAAUAACCUAGAGGUUAAAAAGUUAGAGUAUGAAGAGACGAGGAAAAAAAUAAGCACAGUUGAAACGUCGAUGGACAAUGUUAUAAAGGAAAAUGAAGAGAUGGUUCAUUCAUAUAACCAAAAGAUCAAGAUGAUGCGGGAGGAAGCAUAUAAUCACUUGCGUGGUGUUUGGGAUUCUCAUGAAAGGAGUAUGUCAGAAUUAGAGUGUCAAAGGGAAAGGCUUAAGCAAAGGGAAGAAGAGCUGAAAGAGCUUGAAACUGUUACUGAAAAUGAACAAAGGAGAUUUGACCAUGAGAAGAAAAUGAAUGAAAUGGCAAUUUUGGAACAGAAGAAAGUGGAUGAGAAAAUGAUGAACCUGUUGGAAGAGCAAAAGAAAGAGAAGGAGAAACUUCAUGCAAAAACAUUAGAUUUGGAAAAGAAAAUCGAUGCGAAGCAGGCAUUGGAACUGGAGAUUGAGCGGUUAAGAGGAGCUGUAGGGGUGAUGAAACAUAUGAACGAUUCUGGUGAUGUGGAAGCGAAGAAGAAGAUGGAUGAAGUUGAGGAAGAACUAAAGGAAAAAUUAGAUGACCUUGAACAAGCUGAAGCACUAAAUCAGGCACUUAUUGUUAAGGAACGUAUCAGCAAAGAGGAGUUAGAUGAUGCUCGUAAGGAGCUUAUUAAUGGAUUGAUGGACAAUCACGGUCGAUCUAUUAUAUGUGUGAAGAAACUGGGUGAACUUGAUGUAAAACCGUUCCUCAAAGCAGCAAAGAAGAAAUUUUCUAAAGAAGAAGCUCCAGAAAAGGGAGUGGAGUUGUGCUCUUUGUGGGAGGAUUACAUUAGAGACCCAAGUUGGUGUCCUUUUAAGGUUGAUCCUGUGAAGGAGGAGGAGGAGGAUGUAAUUGAUGAGAAUGACGAGAAACUUAAAAAUCUGAAGAAAGUGUAUGGGAAGGAAGUGUAUGAAGCUGUGACAAGAACCUUGACUGAAAUGAGUAAAUACGGUCCUCAUGAUCGGCGUCCUGUGCAAGAACUGUGGAAUUCCAAAGAAAACCGGAAAGCAACACUGAAGGAGGGGGCAAUACAUAUAGUCAAACAGUGGAAACUACAAAAGACUAAGAGGAAAUAGAUAGAUAGAUAGAUAGAUAGCCCAAACUUAGUUCUAUCAAUGCCAUGCCUU